AAAUCUAAAUCAAUCAUAAUAUAACCUAUAGAAUUUACUUUUGUAAAAAAAUAAAAAUAAGAAGAGAAAACAAACAAAAUGAGGAUGAAGAUCAUGAGUGUGGUGUGGAUCACGAUGCUACUAAUGGCGUUAAUUACGAUGGGAGGUGAUGCAAAGUCGGACAAAGAGUGCCAAUUGUUGUGCCAUAAGCACUGUCUACCCACUUCCAUUGUUGCAGAGUGUCUCAAAUGUCUUGGAAUAUGUGGGAGGACUCCAGCCGUUGCAGUUGGACUUGGAACCAUGGAAUCUGGCGAACACAAAUAACAAAAUAUGGAUGGAGACUUGUCUAGGCUUCCUUAUAUUGUUAUCUUUAUCUUAAAAUUCGUAUAAUCCAAUAUUCACAUUUAACCAUUUUAAUAAGAUAUCGAAUCCUAAAUUUCAAACA